UUCACUGUGAAAAUACCCUUUCUUGAACACAACGACCGUUGCAUAGAAACAUGUUCUUUUCCUACAAUUAAGGUCACAGUAAAUUUGUGUGUCAGCACUAAGAGAAGAGAUCAACCCUCACUUUUUUGAGCAGCAACAGACAGCCAAUGGCUAACCGGAGAAUUGAAGAAGAAGACAAAACCAACAUCGUAUGUUAGGCGAGUGAACAAUACUCUCCAAUCACAACCCAACACCCAGUGGGCCGUCCUUGCAGCUUUCUUGCCCUAAAAUAUCAUAUAUGACCGGAAACGACACCUCUCAACACCUCACCUUCGAAGUGAUAUUCACGCGUUCAACACCGCGCAUGAGAGUACCCUCUCUCUUGCGCUGACAACACUCCUUAAACUUAUUGCUUAAUUAAUAAAAAUAAAUAUAAAAAAACCUGACCUUCCCUCCUUCGAAUUCCACCCUGAACCCACUCCAGACAAGCAUCAUAACACCGCCACGCUGGCAAAACGCACGUGGAAGGUUUUGAUUGGUUUGUAAAGGGGAAGGAUCGAGAGGGUGGAAGUAGAGGAUAAAGAGGAAGACAGUGAAAGGGCUGUGUUUUCUCCUCAUAAUCUCUUUGUUGGCUGUUGGCAGAUAAUGAGAAAGCUUUGGUGCUUCUUUCAAGGGAGAGACAGAAUAGUUGAGAGCUUUUAGAAGAGGAAAUAUAUAAAUAAAUACAUAUAAGAGAGAGAGGGUUUAGAGAGAGAGAGAGAGAUGGAGGGCAUAGAGGAAGAAGAGAGUAGAGAAGAGGAGGUGUUAGGGUCAAGCUUGACGAUGGAGAAGGUGGCGGCGGCUAAACAGUUUAUUGAGAAUCAUUAUAGAGCUCAGAUGAAGAAUAUUCAAGAACGCAAAGAAAGACGAUGGGUCCUGGAGAGAAAGUUAGCUGCUUCAGAUGUGCCCAAGGAGGAGCAGAUCAAUCUGAUAAAAGAUUUAGAGCGGAAAGAGACAGAGUUUAUGAGACUUAAAAGGCACAAGAUUUGUGUUGAUGAUUUUGAUCUUUUGACCAUUAUUGGAAGGGGAGCCUUCGGCGAGGUUCGACUGUGUAAGGAGAAGAAAUCUGGAAAUAUUUAUGCUAUGAAGAAGUUAAAGAAAUCCGAAAUGCUUAUGAGAGGACAGGUAGAACAUGUUAGAGCAGAGAGGAACUUGCUAGCAGAAGUUGCGAGCCACUGCAUAGUGAAACUUUAUUAUUCAUUUCAGGAUACUGAAUACUUGUAUUUGAUCAUGGAAUAUCUUCCUGGUGGUGAUAUGAUGACUCUGCUGAUGAGGGAGGAUACCUUAACUGAGAAUGUGGCUAAAUUUUAUAUUGCUCAAAGUGUCUCGGCCAUUGAGUCUAUUCACAAACAUAAUUACAUUCACAGAGACAUUAAACCCGACAACCUUCUCCUGGACAAAAGUGGCCACAUGAAGUUAUCAGAUUUUGGCCUUUGUAAGCCUCUUGAUUGUACAACUUUACCAGCAAUUCAUGAGAAUAAGCCCAUGGAUGAUGAAAAUAUGACAGAACCUAUGGAUAUUGAUGGAUGUAUUCCUGAUGCUGACAAUAAGAGCAGUUGGAGAAGCCCUCGUGAGCAGCUUCAGCAUUGGCAGAUGAACAGAAGAAAGUUGGCAUUUUCAACUGUGGGAACGCCUGAUUACAUAGCUCCUGAAGUUUUACUGAAGAAAGGAUAUGGCAUGGAAUGUGACUGGUGGUCGCUAGGAGCAAUAAUGUAUGAAAUGCUAAUCGGAUACCCACCAUUUUAUUCUGAUGAUCCAAUUACCACAUGCAGGAAGAUUGUCCAUUGGAGAAAUCACCUAACAUUUCCUGAAGAUUCAAAGUUAAGUCAUGAGGCAAAGGAUCUCAUAUGUAGAUUGCUAUGCGAUGUUGAGCACAGACUGGGUACUGGAGGGGCAAAUCAGAUUAAAGCUCAUCCUUGGUUCACGGACGUUGUGUGGGAUAAACUCUAUGAGAUGGAGGCAGCAUUUAAACCUGAAGUGAAUGGGGAAUUAGAUACUCAAAAUUUUAUGAAGUUUGACGAAUUGGAUCCUCCAGCACCAGCAAGAACUGGCUCGGGACCCUCGCGGAAGAUGCUUUUAACACCCAAAGAUUUAAGUUUUGUUGGCUAUACAUACAAGAACUUUGAUGCUGUCAAAGGGCUACGCCAUUCUUUUGAUUUCAAAAAUCCAUCAAUGGAACAACCAUCCAUUGAUUCUAUAUAUGCUGAUUCAGGAGUAGGUUAUUCUACUAAGCGAUCAGCUGAGGAAACAGAGUUGCAGAUGUUUGCAUCAGCAGGUGAUCCCAUGUUACCAUAAAGUAACUCGAGGAAAAACCUCUUACAUGGAUAUAUGGAUAUUUAUGCUUUGUUUUAAGUUAGGCAAUCCUCCAACAUCUGCAGUUCUAGUGCAGUGGCUGCCAUCCAACUUGUGGAACCGCUUUGUUAAGUGUACAGAAGUAUUUAAGCAAAAUUUUAAAAUCCAGUUGUGAGUUGACUGGUAGGACAAGUGAGACUCCUUUUCAGCCUAAAAGGCUUUGUGUAUUACAAGUUAGAUCAGAGUUCUGAAACUUGAUGCCCUGGCUGCCCAGGUUGGCUGUGGUAAAUUUGCCUUCUCUAGUGGCAGUUUCUGGUCAAAUUUUUAAUUGAUAGCAAUGAUCCCCCUAUUGUUGUGUGUAAAAUGUUAUUAGCAAAAACUGGAAUUUAUCUGUGAGGAAAUGACAUUGAAGUACUCCUCCUAUUUUUUGUUGUAUGAUUGCAUUUUUGAAGUUUGUCUACCUCUGAAAACUGUUUUGUCAUUGAACAAUUUUAAGCAAUCCUCCCUCGUAACUUUCCUUGGCUACUCAUGCAAUUACCAAGUGCUAUGUGCUAUUCCAUCAAAGGAAACAACUACUGAAAAUUGCUGCUUGACCGUUAAAACCACGAAGGUUCUGAGUCAGUCCUUGAAGAUUGACACUUGUGAUUUUGGUCCAAGGAAAUGAUGAUCCAAAGGAAUAACAUUGAAUCCAUGAAAAAUAAAAAAACGAAGAGGUUUCGUGCCUAACAGAAAGUCCAUUGCCAUUGACGAAACUGGAAAAUGAAAUUUGUAGAUUUUUUAGUGAGAACAACGGCGAAAAACGGGAAGGUCAAGGUUGGCUUUCAGGGGUGGCUUUUUCGAAUCUCCCCGCUACCAGUCUUCCCAAGUGAUUCUAAACCAAAUAAAUGUUUUGAAAAAAAAAAAAAAAAAAACAUCGUUUUGAAACACUCAGACAAAAAAAAAACCACAACUAACAGCCCUUCUAUGAAUAGAAAGUAAGGUAAAUAUCUUUGUCGUCGAACUCAUUUGAUUUGUUUUGUCGUGUCUCAUUUCCCGGAUGUUAAAAGCUCCUUGCUUGAAACAAGAAUAAAGAGAGAGGGAAAAGGAGAUUCUACCUACAGUUGACAAAAAUGAGGUUGUUGUCAUUCUUUUUGUUUUUAAAGUUUCUAUAUUUACUUUCCUUUUCAUGAUUAUAAUUGUAGCCAAUUAUUUGACAGAGAGAGAGAGAGGGAGGGA